GUGUGAUUUAGUGCCAGUGUUUUUUUAAUAAUUAAUAUUAAAUCUUUUUUAUUAUAAAUAUGAGUGGCAGUAUCCAGUGCACUCAGUGCUCUAAAUCAUUUAAAUUGAAAGGUUCAUUAUAUAGACAUAUUAGGGGAAAGCAUGAUGAAGAACCGAUACAUUUUAAAGCAACCUUAGAAUGUAUUCAUUGUAAAAAGGCACUACAUUCGAAAUUUGGUCUCAAGAGACAUAUUGAACAUUAUCACUCCUCCAGUCUUCACACUACUUCUGCUCCCAUUGAUCAUAAUAAGAUACAAUCCACCAACCCUCAGUCGCCAAGCUCUUCCUCUCAUCACCAAACUACUGUUGUACCUUCCACAACAGAACUUACAACAUAUUCCAAUAAUCACCGUAUUAAUCCUACAACAUCCCUUGCUCUCCAUUCAUAUGCUGAAUUCGUUCAUCCAACACCACCAUCCACUCCCCUUAUUUCUGGCUCUGAUUUCUUCGUUAACCAAUUUGAUGUUGCCACUAACUCCAAUGGACCUCUUUCACCGCAACCUCUUCCAACUACAGAUUCUGACACUUGUCCAGUGUCACCAGAAUUAUCCUCUCCAAAGACUCCCCUAUUUUCACCAAGUAGUGUUUCAGAACAGUUUGAGUAUUUUUCAGGACCGCCAAGACACAGUCGCAUCAUAUGCCCCUUGAAAGAUUGCAAAAGGUCAUUUACUAGAUACAGUCCUUUACAUACCCAUCUACAACUUGACCAUCAAAUACAUAUUGAAAGUGAAGAAAUAUCAUUUUCUUCUAUUAAUGAUUUUGAAACAUGGAAAAAUGAUAUGGAACAAUGUCAUUUCUACAGAUAUGUAAAAAACAGUAUAGGGUACAAAAUGAAAAAUGGACACAAAGUGGUAUAUUACUGCCAUCGUUCAUAUGCUUAUGAAGAGAAGAAAGGUGCAUUUCAAAAGAAAAGCAAGAAAAUCGGAUAUGCUUGUCCAGCACGUAUUGUCUGUACAAUAUGUAAUGAUGGUCAAGUAAACAUUGAAUAUUUUAAGACCCAUGUGGGCCACGAGAUUAUUCUAAAAUAUUUGCCACUCGACCAACAAUCAAAAAAUCUCAUCAAAGAUAAAAUUUUAGCUGGAGUUGACGACGGCAUCAUUGUAGAAAGUGUUCGUGAAGCUUCAUUUAACAACGAAUUACCUUUGAGAGCUUCUCUGAUCACAAAAAAAGAUAUACGGAACAUCAAAAACCAAGUUUUACCAAAACAGGCGACAGUACUAUCAGCAAAUCAGGAAAAAGAACUUUGUAGGACGGAAGAAAAAUCUGAAGAGUUAAAUAAUUUAAAAAAACCGACUACUAGCUAUUCUGAUGAUGAAGAUGCUGAAGAUCUAGACUAUGAUUUUUUGACAGAAUUAAUGCGCGAGAUUAUGAAAAAAUAG